GAAAAAAGAACUCGCUACGCGUUAUUUUAGUUCAUCUAGUUAUUGUUUUAUUAUCGAAAAUGUAUAGGUCUUUUAUGUAAUUGCCUCAAGAAUAACAAAAUAAACAUUUUAUUGUAAAAUUACUGUUUUAUUAUCGACAAUGCAAAGAUUUACUUACCUACAGUAGCGCGUAACGAGUUUUUUUUUCCAGUAAUGUGUGCUAAAUGCUAAAUCCCAUAAGACCAUCGGUCUUUAAUGAUAUCUCUCAAACGGCCAAUAAUGUCAACGUUCUUCAAUUACCUUCGGGUCCACCGGGCUCACUUGAUGGUCACAAAAAUUUACCCAGGACUGACGGUCUUUAAUAGUAUCUUAUCGUCAUAUAAUUUCGGAGAAACGCCGUUUAAAAAUAAAACUGACAUACAUGAACAAUUGAUAGCAGAUUUAGGAAAAGUUAUCACCAACGAUGGAUAUUUACAAAAAUAUGAAAUUCAGGAAAAAGUCAAUGUUCUCUGCAAAUGGAUGUGCACAACACCUAGAAAAAGUAUUUAUAGAUUAGAUCAUUUUUCCAAUCAUUAUACAGACAAUCUGCAGAAACUAUAUAAAGCAUUGAAACAGGCUGAUAAACCAGAUCCAUCUAUUCAUUUUUUACCGGAUCUUCCAAAUGGGAUAGUCGCUGUUGAAAAUUGGGAUUUAUCGGUAUCUCUUGAUUUAAAGAGAUAUCCAAGGGAGAUUAUUGUCGAUGCUAUAUGUGGUGCAGCUGUACUAAGAGGAUCUCAUGUUUAUGCUCCUGGUGUUAUUGGAAUGCCAAAUGGUUUAAUCAUUAAUUGUAAAGUCAGCGUAUUCGCCGACGUUACCGGUCAUUGCAAAAAGGGUUUAAUUAAACCAUACCCAGAUAGCAAGAAGAUGUAUUUGGGUAAUGGCAUUCUUCGACAAACUAGGAAAGAGUUAUUUGGUAAAGCUGCAAAAAAUCCAUGCGGUAUCGCAAUAAUUAUGACUGAUGUAACCUCGCGAGUUCCACAAUUGAAUACAGAUAAUGAAUCUCUAAGACCACAUGUACUGUUACAAAAUUUGCCAUCUAUUCUAUGUAGCUUAGUUUUAAAUCCCCAACCAGAUGAGACAGUUUUGGACAUGUGCGCUGCACCUGGUAACAAAACUACGCAUAUUUCGUUUCUUAUGAAAGGACAGGGUAAGAUAAUAGCAUUAGAGAAAAAUGCAGGUAAAGUGAAACGAUUUAAGGAAAAGUGUAAGGAUGAAAACAUUAAAAUAUUUUGUUACGAUGCUACAAAGGCUGUUGUCGAACAAGAUAAUAGCUUCGUCGAUACCGAUGGACCCCCAUUCAAACAGGAUCACUUUGAUCGUAUUCUCUUAGACACUCCAUGCAGCGCAUUAGGUCAAAGACCACAAUUAUAUAAUACAAUUACAUUGGCGCAGCUUCGUUCUUACAUUCCCUUGCAACGAAGUCUCUUUUCUGCCGCCGUUCGUCUUUUGAAACAAAACGGAACAUUAGUGUAUAGUACAUGCACUGUUACAAUAGCAGAGAAUGAAGGAAUCAUUGCUUGGGCAUUGAAGCAAUUUCCAGAGUUAAAAUUAGAAUCCGUUACAGAUCGGAUAAAAACAGAUAGAUAUGGUAGUCAAGGAUACACCAUAGAUGGUCUAACAAAUGAGAAUGCGAGAAAAGUAUGUAGAUUUGGUACUGAAAGUACUGAUUCUGUUGGAUUUUUUAUUGCAUGCUUCAAUAAAUGUUCCCAAAAUGAUUAAGCGCAUUGUAACUUUACACUAUAUUGUGUAUAUAUGUAUAUCUAAAGUUAAUUUAUUGGAAAAUAUAAUAGACUCUUGAUUGAAAGACAGACUUGAUAAGUUUGUAUAACAUGCUUGAAUCUGGAAACGAAAUUGUUACCCUUAUCGUUAUAUAGAUCCUAUAGGUCCCUUUAUGAUAACAAUUUAUUUAAAGAAGAAAACAGUAUGUAUGUACAUAUAUUUUGUGUGGGGUGUGUACGCGCGCGCGUGCGCGCAAAUAAAAGGCAGAGAUGUAUAU